AUGCUGGGCGAUGACAGUUUGGUACAGUAUGCAAGUGAGAAAUGGCAAAUCGUCAGUCUCAGCCAAAGGGAUAAUGAAUCAAAUGAGCCUGAGUUGGAGAGUUGGACCAUCUGGUACAUCUGGGCCUACUAUUUUGCAUCCCAUUUUUUGCUUAUAGCUGCAGAAAGGCUCCAGCCAGUUAAAUUCCUGUCAUUCCUAGAAUUAUUCCAAUAUAUACUUACUGAGUUGCUUUUUCCUCCUUCCUCACCGCAACCACCUCGCCCGCAUCUCGUCUUCAGCGACACAUACCAGCGCAAGAUUGCUGAGCAAGAGGCUCUUGGACACCGGCUGAAAGGCGAGCAAAAAUGGCUACUUGAAAACCAAGCAGCGGGUCUCCGACAAGUUCGACUUUGGACCGACUUGAUCCGACUCCUCGAUACGCGAAUGGCGUGUCGUGAACGCGAUCGGCAACGAGAAAAGGCCGGUGGAGAGUACGCCGAUGUCGCAGCCAUGGAGCAGGAUAGGUUGUUGCUGUAG